UUUCUUUUUUUUUAAAUAAAAAAAGCAAAUGGAAGCCUAUGUUACCCUUGUUGCUACUGACUCAUAUGCUGCGGGUGCUCUUGUAUUAGCGCAUCGAUUAAGAGACUUAGGCUCAACAAAAGACAUUGUUUGUAUGGUCACACCUUCUAUUUCGUCCCAAGUACGAGAAUUAUUGUCAAAAGUGUGUCAGCUUGUUCCAGUCGAUACUUUACGCUCAAAAGACGAAGCUAAUCUUGAGUUAUUGGGCCGCCCUGAACUCGAUAUCACAUUUACUAAACUACACCUUUGGUGCUUAACACAAUACUCGAAAAUCGUGUUUUUGGAUGCAGAUACAUUUCCUCUCAAAAAUAUAGAUGACUUAUUUGACCGACCUGCAUUUUCAGCUGCACCCGAUGCUGGUUGGCCAGAUUGUUUCAACUCGGGCAUGUUUGUAACUGAGCCAUCCGAAUCAACGUUCCAGGAUCUUUUGAAACUAGCUUCCGAAAAAGGGUCUUUUGAUGGCGGCGAUCAAGGGCUAUUGAAUACUUAUUUCCAAUGGCCAUCUUCUCCUCAACAUCGACUACCAUUCACUUAUAACACAACACCGACAUCUCAAUACGGUUAUGCGCCUGCUCAUAAUCAAUUUACACAAAAUAUCCAUCUUCUUCAUUUCAUUGGGCAGAACAAGCCUUGGAAAUAUCAAAGAUUCUCAGAUGGUAAAGUGUUACCUUUAGGAAAUGCUUGGGAAGGGCUUCAGAGUCAAGUUCAGUUAUGGUGGGAUACGUGGGAUAAGUAUUAUGGACGCACCAUUCCUUUCCAUUUACUUUCGGGUAUGUCUGAAGGUUUUGAUGCUAAAUUCAAGACGAUGCCCAUCACACCUUUCGAAAAGACAACAAGAAAUGCUUGGGAAGAUCAGUCUGUCAAUCUCGAAGAUGAACGUAGACAUAUUCAACCUAUGCCGCCUAUUUCCAGCAUUACUAUCAGUCAACCCAAAUGGAUUCAGCAGAAUGAAGUCGAAAAGCUAUAUCAAGAACCUCGUAUGUCUAUUCCUAUAAAGCAACACCAAGAGCACCCAAAGCAUGAAGAAUCCAAGUAUAGCAUGAUUGAAUGGAAUCCCGCAUUUCAAGAGCCUCCCAACACGGGUAGUCUUGGGGCAGAUAUUCCCGAUUUAUCCAUGUUUAGAAAUGUGUGGGACCAACCUUUGCGGGAACAACAGCGUGUUUGGGUUGCACCUGUCCAUCAUCCAGAACCUGACAUUUUGACUAAACCUGAGUAUUCUCAAUACAAUACAACAGAUUAUGAACCUGUUUCUUUAUGGCAAGACAAGCAAGAUUCGAGUCAAUCAAAGCAUGUGAAUGCACCUACUUUUCCUUGGGACACAAAUCCUUCUCACUUUCCUACACCUACCCGUGUAUGGCAAGAUGAAGAGAACGCAAGGAUACAACAUCAUUUGGUGGAACACUAUCUUGAAGAGCAACAUAAUGACCAACAACACCAUGAAAACAGUCUCUGUCAUCCUUCUGAAGAUUAUUGUUAUCAAGAACCUCAACAUACGGAGCAACACCAUUAUCAUGAAGAACCUUACUAUUAUCAUGAAGAGCAUCAGCACAAUGAGUCUCAAGGCCACAAUGGACAUCAUCAUUACCAUGAAGAGCAUCAGCACAAUGAGCCUCAAGGCCACAAUGGACAUCAUCAUUACCAUGAAGAGCAUCAACACAAUGAGUCUCAAGGCCACAAUGGACAUCAUCAUUACCAUGAAGAGCAUCAACACAAUGAAUCUCAGUAUCAUUAUGAAGAAACUUACCAAAAUGAAAGCUUUAAUCACCAAAAAAAUUCUGAGCGUGAAGCGAACCUUAAGCAAGAAGUGCAUUUUGAUCAGUCUCAAGUUGAAUACCCUCAAGCUCAUAAAGAUUACAAUGACGAAGCUCCUCAGAAAGAUAUCAAUCAGGACAACCAGAUUAGUCGGGAUCAGCAUGUUGAACAAAAGUCUCAAUCUGAACCUUAUCAUGAGCACAGUCAAUCUGAAUUAAGCACUACUGAUAAGUCUUUUGAAGAAGAACAAAUAGAUGAAUAUGUAGCGGCAGAAGGGCAGUUAGAAGAACAAGUACAACCUCUGUUUGCUAUGGACGAACACAUGCAUUCCUCCGUACAGGACAAGAUGGAAAAGUUUAUUGCUUCCUUGAUUGAAAAUGAAGAUGAUGAUGAUAUUAGUGACCGUGAUUUAAUCCCUAUUCGCCUCAAGUCGUCUAGUCGUCUUCAACAAGACAUAUAUUCUCCUUCACCUCAAGGAAGUCGUGCUAGUAGCCGAGCAAAUAGUCGUAGUGCAAGUCGAAGAGCAAGUAUCUCGAGGAGUCGACGUAGUUCAGUCUCUAGUCAAGCAUCACUUGAUAAGAAACUAGCAUUAUCUUUACCAACCUCCACAGUUGUCUAUAUUGAUAAGCCAGUUGAUUAUCAUAGACUUGAACAAUCGCACAAGUUAUUUGCUGCAGGUCCUUCAGCGAGCUACAAUAUGGCAAAGACACCUUACACUUCUGCUGCUGUGACGCCAGCCACUGUGUCUACGCCAGAAGAAUUUCCUGGGUAUGAGUAUUUUGGCCAAGAACAAGGCAACUUGCUUCAAGAAGGGUAUAUAGACGAGCCUGAUAUCUUUGACAACAGUCAAUACUCGCUCCAUCAAUCAUUGGUCAAUGAAUUACAUAAGAGUGAAAUAUGGGAUCCUCUUGAAGCACUUUAUAAACUCAAACAACAAAGUGAAAAUAUGGUCUUAACACAAUCUUUGCAUGAAGCACUAGCAAAAACAGCCAAAAAACAACAAGAUGAAAGCUUGAAUAUAUCAAAGAAAAAGAACAAGACCUUUGGGUUCAAAUCCUCAUGGGAUGAUGAAGAAUAUGAACUACCAAGUGCUUUGGCUUCUGGCCAAUCCUCUCCUCGUACACCAAUUUUUCGCAGUAUGGCCACAUCUGAACUAUCAAAAGAAAUUGAGCUUGAAAAAGAAAGAUACAAACAACAACGUGCUUCCUUAAUGAUGGUAAAACCUCAAACGGCUAUUGCUUCUACAUUGGAAGCUGAACUGGACUUAUCUCAGGGUACUAUCUUCAAAAAACGACAUCUUGAUCAUCAACCGUCGUUCGCUCCAGCAGAAAUCAACACAAUUAUCAAGCCUCGUAAUCUUUCGAGUCAAUCUGUUGCUGGACCAGAGGAUGAAACACCAACUGGAGAUCAAUUUGAAUUUUAUUUUGACGAACGAGUUAUUGAGGAAUCUAAGAAGCGAUUAAAGACAUUACUGGAAAACAGAGAAGAAGCAAUACCAACAUUAAACGAUGAUAUGAUUCUGCCAACCGUAUGUACCAAAAAGCAAGAAUUAUUUCAGCCUGAAUUGGGUUUCUUGAAUUAUGAACAUCGACCAUUUGAGUUUGAUAUCAAGUCGUACAAAUCCAGCUUUGCAAUUGACAAAGCUUACAAGGCUUUCAAAUUCCAACCAGACCUAGUCACUGAAGAAUGUGAGCCAGAUGAAGUUUUGUCUUUGCGCUAUACUACUGCUGUUUCAAAAAAUCCUAUGGCCAAAGAAGAGCGGUCAGAAGAAAAAGCACCUGAAAAAGAAGCAAUAGUCAAAGAGAUAGAGCAGGAAUCAUUGGUAAAUGCAUCUAAUUCUAACACUAUUGACAAGGAAGAGGUGAAUGUUGUUACUGCUAAGCAAACGGUCGCUACUGACCAUAUCAUUGUUGUUGAGCAAGAUAAUGUACAAUUAAGCCCAGAGAAAAAGAUGAACAAUUCUGCUCAUGCAACUAUGAUCGAUGAGGCAAUAAAUAUCUUGAAUGAGGAUAAACAGGAGCAAGCUGAGACUAUUUCACACGAAGAAAAAUGGGUUGGGAAUAAGGCCUAUGGUCUGUCUGGCUUUCAAGAGACUACAGGCGGUCAAUGUGAUAUCCUUGCUGAAAGAGGGUCUACUGAUAGUGUACUACAGCAACAAAAAUCUAUUGUCACUAACUACUUUGGUUCAGAAGUAUUUUACGCGCACUCUACCAAUACAAAAACUAUGACUACAAGUCCUAUUAUCAAUCGUUCAGAAAUCACGGCAAAUAAAUCAGGUUUAGAUCAUGAUCCAUUUAUGUCAACUAUGAAACAAUCGCCGUUAUACACAAGCACCACCACUACCAGUAGCUCAACCACAGCUGUGCCAGAUAAAAAAGACUAAUUCUAUUCUUUCUCUCUCUUUUACCCUUAAUUUAUCUGAACAAUAGUUCCAUUCAAGUAAAUACUAUCCGUCAAUAAAGAAAAGGCAAUAUCCUUCA